AUUCUUUUUUUCUCUCUUUAAUUUUCACUUGGUUGUACAAGUUUAACUUUGGAGCUUUGUGUCCUGAGACAAAGCCAUGGGGUUUCAAAACUUGGUAUUGAUGAUUUUUAUGAUGACAUUGGUUAUUUGUCAAUAUGGGAAUUGCAAGGAUAUAGUCAAUCCUCAUCAUCACUUACACAAAAAAAACGUUACCAAAAUACCUAAUGAUAAUGGUUUCAUUCAACGAAGUGAUACCCAUUUUCUUCUAAAUGAAAAGUCACAAUACUUCAACGGAUUCAAUGCCUAUUGGUUAAUGACUAUGGCAUCUGAUCCGUCUACAAUUUCUAAGGUCACUACAACUUUUCAAGAAGCAUCCCAACACGGUUUGAACGUAGCAAGAACCUGGGCAUUCAAUGAUGGAGGUUACAAAGCCCUUCAAAUUUCUCCCGGUUAUUAUGAUGAGAAUGUUUUUAAGGGAUUGGAUUCUGUGAUAUCACAAGCAGGAAAGAAUGGGGUAUGGCUGAUCCUAAGCCUAAUAAAUAAUUGGAAAGAUGGUGGUGGAAAAAAUCAAUAUGUUCAAUGGGCAAAGGAACAUGGUCAAAAAGUAAACAACGAGGAUGACUUCUUCUCACACCCCGUCAUUAAGCAAUACUACAAAAAUCACGUCAAGACUAUAUUAACUAGAAAGAAUACUAUAACUGGAUUAACAUAUAAAGAUGAUCCAACUAUUUUUGCAUGGGAGCUUAUGAACGAACCUCGUUGUUCAGAGCUAUCUGGAAAACAAAUUCAGGAUUGGGUGAGGGAGAUGGCUGCCUAUGUGAAGUCCAUUGAUAGCAAUCACUUACUCCAAAUAGGGCUUGAAGGAUUUUAUGGUGAAUCGAUGCCAGAAAGGAAGCAGUUCAAUCCUGGAUAUCAAAUAGGAACCGAUUUCAUUUCUAACAAUCAAGUUCCGGAAAUCGAUUUUACCACCAUCCAUCUAUACCCUCAGUGGAUGUCUAGGUUUAAUGAAACAGCCCAAGAUGUCUUUAUUAACAAUUGGGUCCAAGUCCAUAUUCAAGACGCAAAUGAUGUUUUACGGAAACCCAUUCUUCUUAGCGAGUUUGGGUUAUCUUCAAAGAUUUCAGGAUAUGGCGUGGAGAAAAGGAAUAGUUUGUUUGAGAAACUAUACAAUUUGAUAUACAAGAGUGCAAGUAACAGGGGGUCAUGUGCAGGAGGGCUUUUUUGGCAACUACUGGCCAAAGGAAUGGAUGACUUUCGUGAUGGCUAUGAAGUCGUUUUUGAAGAGACUCCUUCAACUACCAAUAUCAUUACUAAACAAUCUAAGAAGAUGUCAAGUCUUGCAUAAUUCUAUUUCAUAAACACAUUCUUUCCUUCUAACCAAGCAUUCUAUCAUC